UUCCAAACAAAGCAUUUGAUCAAAACAGCUUAAGUCACUGGUGUACUUCCGGUGCAUACUGAUGACGUAGUAGCAAGUCUGCCGAAAAGCAAGACGGACCACCGUCGACAACCUUUUCUUUGUACCCUCAAACAACGCACAAAAUAACAUUAUUUGGGAGUGUAAGCCGCCGUCCAACACAAGAUGUCGUACAUGCUCCCACAUCUCCACAAUGGCUGGCAAGUAGACCAGGCCAUCCUCUCCGAAGAAGACCGAGUGCUCGUCAUCCGCUUCGGACACGACUGGGACCCCACGUGUAUGAAGAUGGACGAGGUCUUGUACAGCAUCGCCGAGAAGGUGAAGAACUUUGCAGUCAUCUACCUGGUGGACAUCACGGAAGUGCCAGACUUCAACAAGAUGUACGAGUUGUACGACCCUUGCACUGUCAUGUUCUUCUUCAGGAACAAGCACAUCAUGAUCGACUUAGGCACCGGCAACAACAACAAGAUCAACUGGACCAUGGAGGACAAGCAGGAGAUGAUAGACAUUGUUGAGACGGUGUACCGAGGAGCCAGGAAAGGACGAGGUCUGGUGGUGUCACCCAAGGAUUACUCUACAAAAUACAGAUAUUGACUUCACUUCUGCUGGACUUCCAGCCAAAUAUCUUUUUUUACAACACUCAUUCUUGUUGUGUCCUUUUAUCUGCUGACAUUAAAAUCCCUUUCAUAUCAUGUGCGA